AUGUCACCUCGUCCACAAGGUCAAGGAGUCCCUGUCCUUCCCUUUUAUGGCACGCACACGGCCUCAGUCUGCUCUUUCCCACAGGUGGCUGCACUGGAGCGGCAGAUCUUUGACUUCCUGGGCUACCAAUGGGCUCCCAUCCUAGCCAACUUCCUGCACAUCAUGGCGGUCAUCCUGGGCAUCUUCGGCACGGUGCAGUACCGCUCCCGGUACCUCAUUCUGUAUGCAGCGUGGCUGGUGCUUUGGGUUGGCUGGAAUGCAUUUAUCAUCUGCUUCUACCUGGAGGUCGGACAGCUGUCCCAGGACCGGGACUUCAUCAUGACCUUCAACACAUCCCUGCACCGCUCCUGGUGGAUGGAGAACGGGCCAGGCUGCCUGGUGACACCUGUCCUGAACUCCCGCCUGGCCCUGGAGGACCACCAUGUCAUCUCUGUCACUGGCUGCCUGCUCGACUAUCCCUACAUUGAAGCCCUCAGCAGCGCCCUGCAGAUCUUCCUGGCUCUCUUCGGCUUUGUGUUCGCCUGCUACGUGAGCAAAGUGUUCCUGGAGGAAGAGGACAGCUUUGACUUCAUCGGUGGUUUUGACUCCUACGGAUACCAGGCGCCCCAGAAGACGUCGCAUUUACAACUGCAGCCUCUGUACACGUCGGGGUAGCUUCAGCCCCACACCCACCCCGGUGCCGAGUGCUUUGUGCUAAACUGACAGCCACUGCCACGAGCUCGGGCCAAGAUGGCAGGCGCGCCCCCUGGUGUCUGGCGGGCUGACUGCAGCUUGCGCGGCUCGAUCUGGUCUGCAGCGGACUUGGACUUGGCCCUUUGCAGCCUGGA